UCCAGUUUAUGGACUUGGACAUAGCAUCGGAUGGAGCCGCGGUUGUCCGGAUCAUCAUCUCCGUCAUCUAUUCGCUGGUAUGCGCCCUCGGUCUGGUGGGGAACUUGCUGGUUCUAUAUCUCAUGAAGUCCAAACGCGUGUGGAAAAAGUCCUCCAUCAACCUCUUCGUGACGAGUUUAGCGGUGACGGACUUCCAGUUCGUGCUGACGCUCCCCUUCUGGGCGGUGGAGAACGCGCUGGACUUCACGUGGCUCUUCGGGAAAGCCAUGUGUAAGAUCGUGUCCUACGUGACGGCGAUGAACAUGUACGCCAGCGUGUUUUUCCUGACCGCCAUGAGCGUGGCUCGCUACUGGUCACUCGCCUCGGCUCUGAAGGGCAGACGCCGGCGGCCGCUCGGCUGCUCGGCGCGCGGCGUCGCGGCGGUGGUCUGGUUCGCCGCCGCGUCCGCCGCGCUGCCGCACGCCGUCUUCUCCACCACGUUCACCGUCUCCAACGAGGAUUUGUGCCUCGUCAAGAUCCCGGAAAGCAACGGAACCACGCAGUUCUGGCUGGGACUGUACCACUCUCAGAAAGUGCUGCUGGGCUUCGUGCUGCCGCUCGCCGUCAUCACCUCCUGCUACCUUCUCCUUCUCCGCUUCGUCAACACCUCCAGCGCAAAAAGACGCGCCGAAGUCACCAAAUCCGUCACCAUCGUGGUGCUGUCCUUCUUCCUGUGCUGGCUGCCGAACCAAGCGCUGACGGUCUGGGGGAUUCUCAUCAAACUGAACGUGGUCCCCUUCACCUACGGCUACUACACGGCGCAGGUGUACGCGUUCCCCGUGUCCGUGUGCCUGGCGCACUCCAACAGCUGCCUCAACCCCAUCCUCUACUGCCUGAUGCGGAGGGAGUUCAGGAAGGCGCUCAGAACUUUACUCUGGAGGUGGACUUCGCCCACCCUCACCGCCAUCAGGCCCCUGACUCACUCCGAGAGGCCCGGCGGGGACCAACUGGGAGGAGUCCUGGUGCCGGUCCAGGUCCCUGAACCGCCGGCUGUCGUGUUCUACCCUCCCGGAGUCGUCAUGUAG